ACCCUAGAUCGCAUGGCGCUACAGGGGGUGGUGUGGACGGCCCACUACAUCACUGGGUCCGAGCUCCCUGCCAUCCAGGACCUCUAUACCAGGUGGUGUCAGAGGAAAGCUUGGAAAAUUGUCAAAGACCCUAGCCACCCAAGCCAGAGACUGUUCACUCUGUUACCACACGGCAGGCGGUACCGGAGUGCCAAGUCUGGGACCAAAAGGCACUUGAAUAGCUUCUACCCCCAGGCCAUAAGACACCUGAACAGCUUCUACCCCCAGGCCUUAAGAUACCUGAACAGCAUCUACCCCAAGGCCAUAAGACACCUGAACAGCUUCUACCCCAAAGCCAUAAGACACCUGAACAGCGUCUACCCCAAGGCCAUAAGAUACCUGAACAGCGUCUACCCCAAGGCCAUAAGAUACCUGAACAGCGUCUACCCCAAGGCCAUAAGAUACCUGAACAGCGUCUACCCCCAGGCCAUAAGAUACCUGAACAGUGUCUACCCCCAGGCCAUAAGAUACCUGAACAGCGUCUACCCCCAGGCCAUAAGACACCUGAACAGCAUCUACCCCAAGGCCAUAAGAUACCUGAACAGCGUCUACCCCAAGGCCAUAAGAUACCUGAACAGCGUCUACCCCAAGGCCAUAAGAUACCUGAAAAGCGUCUACCCCAAGGCCAUAAGAUACCUGAACAGCGUCUACCCCAAGGCCAUAAGAUACCUGAACAGCGUCUACCCCCAGGCCAUAAGAUACCUGAACAGCUUCUACCCCCAGGCCAUAAGAUACCUGAACAGCGUCUACCCCCAGGCCAUAAGAUACCUGAACAGCUUCUACCCCCAGGCCAUAAGAUACCUGAACAGCGUCUACCCCAAGGCCAUAAGACACCUGAACAGCGUCUACCCCAAGGCCAUAAGAAACCUGAACAGCUACUACCCCAAGGCCAUAAGACACCUGAACAGCUACUACCCCAAGGCCAUAAGACACCUGAACAGCUACUACCCCAAGGCCAUAAGACACCUGAACAGCAUCUACCCCAAGGCCAUAAGACACCUGAACAGCUACUACCCCAAGGCCAUAAGACACCUGAACAGCUACUACCCCAAGGCCAUAAGACACCUGAACAGCUUCUACCCCAAGGCCAUAAGACACCUGAACAGCUACUACCCCAAGGCCAUAAGACACCUGAACAGCUUCUACCCCAAGGCCAUAAGACACCUGAACAGCUUCUACCCCAAGGCCAUAAGACACCUGAACAGCUACUACCCCAAGGCCAUAAGACACCUGAACAGCUUCUACCCCAAGGCCAUAAGACACCUGAACAGCUACUACCCCAAGGCCAUAAGACACCUGAACAGCUUCUACCCCAAGGCCAUAAGACACCUGAACAGCUACUACCCCAAGGCCAUAAGACACCUGAACAGCUACUACCCCAAGGCCAUAAGACACCUGAACAGCUUCUACCCCAAGGCCAUAAGACACCUGAACAGCUUCUACCCCAAGGCCAUAAGACACCUGAACAGCUUCUACCCCAAGGCCAUAAGACACCUGAACAGCUACUACCCCAAGGCCAUAAGACACCUGAACAGCUUCUACCCCAAGGCCAUAAGACACCUGAACAGCUACUACCCCAAGGCCAUAAGACACCUGAACAGCUUCUACCCCAAGGCCAUAAGACACCUGAACAGCUUCUACCCCAAGGCCAUAAGACACCUGAACAGCUACUACCCCAAGGCCAUAAGACACCUGAACAGCUUCUACCCCAAGGCCAUAAGACACCUGAACAGCUACUACCCCAAGGCCAUAAGACACCUGAACAGCUUCUACCCCAAGGCCAUAAGACACCUGAACAGCUACUACCCCAAGGCCAUAAGACACCUGAACAGCUACUACCCCAAGGCCAUAAGACACCUGAACAGCUACUACCCCAAGGCCAUAAGACACCUGAACAGCUUCUACCCCAAGGCCACAAGACACCUGAACAGCUUCUACCCCAAGGCCAUAAGACACCUGAACAGCUUCUACCCCAAGGCCAUAAGACACCUGAACAGCUACUACCCCAAGGCCAUAAGACACCUGAACAGCUUCUACCCCAAGGCCAUAAGACACCUGAACAGCUUCUACCCCAAGGCCAUAAGACACCUGAACAGCUACUACCCCAAGGCCAUAAGACACCUGAACAGCUUCUACCCCAAGGCCAUAAGACACCUGAACAGUUCAUCAAAUGCCCACCUGGACUAUUGCAUUACAUUUCUACUCACACUGACUCUAUGCACACUGACUGGACUCUACCCACACACUCACACAGUGCACUGACACUCCAACACAUACACACACACUACAUUCACUCACACACACAAAACACACACACAUGCAUAUUGACGCUACACACACACUCACGCACAUACACACUUUCACACAUGCUGCUGCUACUCUGUUUAUUAUCUAUCCUGAUUACCUAGUCACUUUUAGCCCUACCUACAUAUACAUAUUACCUCAAUUAUGUCAACUACAGUACCUCGUACCCCUGCACAUUGACUUAGUACCGGUACUCCUUGUAUAUCACCUCAUUAUUGUUAUUUUAUUGUGUUACUAUUUUUUUUAAACAAUUUUUAACUCUGCAUUGUAGGGAAAGGGUUUGAAAAGUAAGUAUUUCAUGGUAAAGUCUACACC